AUGGCCUCGAUGCGCUUGCCCGAGAUAGGCAACCUGUGGGAUACCAUUCUGACCACUGUCGAUAAUAAUGAUGAAAGCGAGUCUUCCUUGCCACAAUGGGCUGUGUCUUGCCCGCGAGGUGUGUUUCGCAGUCCCCCAGAAUGCAGUUUCCACCAGCCACUCAUUGUUGUUAUUUUUGCUAUUCAGUACGAAUUGUCGUUCAAGUCUGCGCAGCUCGAGAUUGCGUACGAAAAGACCGUGUCUCAACUAGAGAGCCUCGUGGAUGAUGAGGCCGCUCGUAAGCUGCGUGUGGCAUGCCAGAUAUUUGAGACGGAUAACGAAUUAUUGAGGCUACAAUGCGAGCGACUGGAUAACGAUGCUGUUGAGUCUGCGCAACUUCAGGACAGUUUGAAUCAACAGCUGCUUCACGCCAACGAUGAAAUUAAAAGCCUACAAUCCUCUCUACGAAUGAACAAUCGGACCAUGCAAGGAAUAAAGAGCGACCUUCUUACCAAAAACCACAAAUCGUCCGACUACGAGCAAAUAUCGGCCGACAAGCUUGCCCUAUCCAAAGAAAUAUCUGCUCUGAAGCAAGAGAUCGGACAUCUUAAAAACCAGACCAGCUCCUACCAAACUCUUGUAUCCGAGAAACAGGCCUUGGAACGACAGCUGAAUUCGUUCGAAAUCCAAAUGGAAGACGAGAGACGUGCAUUUGAACGAAAUAAAGCAAACGGUUCCACUGCGGGAGGCGAGACUCAACGUCAGUUGGAAUCAUUACAAGAAGAGCUGAAGAACGAAAUUGAAGAUAAACGCCGCCUAGAAAAGGAAGAGCGUGAGAAAUCCGCCGCGUGGGAGAAUGAGAAGAAAGCUCUAGAAGAACGAUUACAGACCGUACGAAAACAACUGCGCAACGCUAAAGACAAAUUGAAGGGAUAUCGAGAAAGCGAAUCCAACCCACACAUACUCUCACGACCUAGCCAGGGUCGCCAAAGUAGUCUAUCCCAACGAGACUCUUCCCUUGGCCAUAGUAUCAACAGUUUUGAUGCUGAUAUGACAAUUGCAACACCAGGAGCUAUUCGUACUGCUGCAGAUCCCAAACGACAAAUCGCCGCGCCCGGAGAGAAAUCUACAUUCUCAAUCACCCCCUACCUGAACCGCAAUAAACCAACUACCAACUCUCCAAAUACUUCGGAUGAGGAUCUUGAAGUGGAUUCUGAUCAGCAGCAUCGCAUCGAAAAGAAACCGAAGCCGUCAAAGAGCAGCUCCCGCGUUGACAGCCGCAAGGAAAACAAAAAACCGCCCAAAAAAGUUGAUGGUAAAAAUCGACGAAAGGUAGAUGAUGAAGAAGAGGCCUCUGAGAACCAUGAAGCAAACAAUCGCAGUGAUGAAUCAUUAGACGAAGACACGACCUUGCCCGGCCAAGGAGGAGCGCGAGUAUUGCAAAACGCCACAGCUAGCAAAGCUUCUCAGGAAGGGAAACAGCCUCAAAGAAAACGAAAAAUCUUAGGUGGGCAGCGUGACAAGACGCUAUUUGAUGAUGAAGACGACGAUUUGGAAAGACCAACAAAGGACAGAAGACUCACGUCGACUUUGCAUUCGGGAAUACAGGCUCUUCGUGCCUCUCGUCAGACUUUUAACGAGAAGUCGAACUUUUCUCCCUUGAAGCGUACUAAGAGACUUGUAUAA